AUGACUUCAUUUCUCACUGCGUCUGUUUUCAUCAAUUGGGGUUACAAGAAUGUCAGUGCUGCAACACAAAACUUAUCAGCCCCAGGAUAUGAUAGAGAUCCUGUUGCAUCAUGGGCAUUGGAUUUAGAUAUGUGGGUCAAAGAGUCUCUUCAUAGUGGCAGUACUUUUCACAGACAUGAAGAUAUAAAUCUUUACAACGGGAAGGCACCAGCGGCACAAAUGGCGGAUUCAGCACCUGAACCAGUCCCAGAAGUUCUAGGGACAGCUGGUGGCUCCAGAAUCCUUUUAAUUAAUGUUGUUAAUGCUGGUGUUGUGGCACUGAAGUGGGAGCAAUCAAAUACUAGAGAACUUAAAAUUACUUCUUCCAUGACUUCGCGGCCAACAAAAAUUUGUUCUGAAGGAGUUGAAAAGAAAAGGCACGAAGACAUAAAUCAUUAUGAAGAGAAGGCGCCUAGAGCCAAAAUGGUGCAUCCAUGGCCUGAACAUUUCUACCUACUGCACGUUGCUCUGGGGGCAGCCGGAGAAGAAGCAAAAGCUGAACUCGUCCAUCAUAGUUGGCGCGAAGCAGCCCUUUCUUAUGUCUCUUAUCGUUUUAAAACCACUUUAUGA